GGGGCUGCUUCGAGUGCCAGUGGAGGCGGAGGAGCUGCCCUCGGGUCGGCCCCGCCAUGCGGGCAGUACAAGAAGCUCGUCACUUUCAAGGAGUGGGAGGGCCAGGCCUUAACCAUCAAUGCCUGCGACAACAAGCCCGAUAUACUUGAUAUCAAGAAGAAGUGCGCCCUGCACAAGGUGCCAAUUACGGAUCUGAUCAAGAACUGCAGGAAGGCCCUGGGCGACCUCACCAAGGCAAAAAAAGCUCUGGAGACGUGGAGGGCAAGUCGGAAAGCACCUUCGAAAAAGUCGUCAAAGGUAAGCACAGACAGCAACCCAGCAGCCUGUCUCUUGGAAUUCUCUAAGCAGCACGGCUCCGAGGUGCCGAGGUUUUCGUCCAACGAGCUGAAGAUCAAGGAGGAGACCGGCGAGUUCCUCGUGAACGUGCCUGCCGUCAUCAUUGGCUCCCCUGAGUGCCGAGCUGCCUGCGAGAAGGACAAGGCCGUGAGGGGAUUUAUAUUCGAUGGGCUGGAGAAGGAGUUCUCGCAGCACUCUGCGAAUGGCGGGAUGGAGAGGGCGCAGAAGCCAGUGCCUGUUCAGAUCUCGGACAUCAUCACCAGCUACGCAAAACACCUGAAAUCAGGAAGCGCCCCAGGUCUCCCUGACAACGUCAACUCGGAUCUGGUGGAAGCGAUGCGCCCGUACGGGGUUGUCACGGCUAAGAAUACUAUUACACCGCCAACCGUCGAGAAGAACUUCAUGGGCUCAUUACGUUUUGGACUCGCGGGCACACGCGAGAUUGUCAUCGUCCGGCUCUCCGAUUUGUACGAGUACAUGACGAAGCUGUCCACUCCUGACAGCAAGGGCAUCUGCAUGAAGCAGGCCAAGUCGUUCUUCAUUAGCAUGAGCAAGGAGCAGCUGACCGAUUACCACAACAACGCGCAGUACCCGAUUUGGCAGGUCACCAUGGCCCCUCACGAAGCUCUUUACAUGCCACCUGGUUCUUACUUCAUUGAGCGCAUCGUCGGUCACCCGAACUACGUGGGCUUUCGUGUGGGCGUGCUGGACGGAGACCUCCAGACUGUCAGCAACCUCUCCAAGAUCCAUGAGAACCUGGCCAAGGAGCACAAGCUGCUCAAGACCCUGUUGGAACAGAUGCAGCUUGACAACAGUCCCAAG